AUGCCAGACACAGAGCAGUCGGACGCCCCGGCGGAGCCUCAGAGCAGGCACGUCGUAUACUGUGGUGUCUGCACGCUGCCACCCGAGUACUGCGAGUAUGGCGGCACCGUGAGGAAGUGCCAGGAAUGGCUCGAAAAGAACCACAAGGACAUGUACGACCGCAUCUGGUCCGCAGAGGCACUGGAAGCCGCCACCGCCUCCCUGUCUGUCGACGCCCAGAAGAGGGCAGCCAAGGACGCCCAGAAAAAGGCCGCCAAGGCCGAGGCCGCCGAGCAGAAGCAAGCCGACAAGCUGGCCAAGAGCGUCAUCACCAUCAAGCGCAUCGAGCGUAAUAAGAAGAAGUUCGUCACCGCCGUCAUAGGCCUCGAGGCCUUUGGUCUGGAGCUGAAAAAGGUCGCCAAGGACCUGGGAAAGAAGUUUGCAACCGGAUCAUCCGUGACCAAGGUCCCCAGCGGCGGCGAGGAGAUUGUUAUUCAGGGCGACGUGAGCGACGAGGUGGAGGAGUUCCUCUUGCAAAAGUACAAGGAGAUACCCGAAGAUAACAUUGAGUUUGUCGACGACAAGAAAAAGAAGAAGGCGGCAGCAGCGGCAGGGUAG